AUGGGCGACGCAGUUCUCAAACCUGAUGCGUUCGAGUCUGCGUAUAUUGGUUAUCCAGGGGAAAAACAGAUGUUCAAAGUAAACGAUUUCCGCGAGGCUGUUGAGGCAUUAUGCAAUGCUUCAAAGACGGAGGACGCAGGCUUCGGUGUCAGAGCAGCACAUAUAGUUCCAAAGAGCUUUGACGAGAGAUUAGUCACAUACUUAUUCGGAGCUGAGGCUAUUACUACCGAUGGCUGCAGAAAUAUUAGUGAUGGAUAUGGGCAACGUGGGCAUUAUCCCAACAAAAGCACUAUGAGCUGCAGGCGAGACAGUCGAAUGGAAGCUCCUAGUCGCCAACCAUGUCCUACUUCAGCACAUCGCAGAAGGCGCCAAGUGGAAUGCGGAAAUCCCCCUUGGAUGUCACCAAGGGCUUCUUCCAACAAGGCGUUGUGCCGUCGGAUAGAUCUAAUGUUGAGGAACAAGGGCAGACGUGGCGCGGCAGAUGUGUUUUUCUGGGAUAGCUCUGAGAACGAUGACAGUCUUGAUGACGACGACUCUUCGGCUAUAGAUUCGUCGGACCAGGCGAUGGAAGGUAUCUAUCCUAACAAUAUUAGGGCUCAGAAGACAAGCGCUUAG